GAUAACCAGAAGAGAUAUCAUCAUAAGAAUCCCCUCUUUUCUACGUUUCUAACCUAAAAUUCUCUAACCCUAAUAAUCCCUUUUUUUUUUCUCUUCUCUUCCAGAUUUCCCAAUCCCACUCUAACACUGAUUUCUAAACCUAUAAAUAUCUCUGACAAGCUUUUCUCAGAUCUCCAAUUUCAGAAGAAGAAGAAGAAGAACAAGGGCGAAAAAGGGUUUAAUCUGAGGAGGAAAUUAGGUUUUUUUUUUUUUGGAGAUUGUAAACUGUUGAUUUGAUUUGAUUUGAUUAGAUAGGGGAUUGAGUUAAUAAAGAGGGAUCUAGGUUGUGGGAGGGAUAUUUGUUUUUGAUUGUGUGUUGUAUUGGAUUGGAUUGGAUUGAGUGCUGGAUGGAGAUGUUAACGAAGAAGAGGAAAGGGAUAGAACCGCGUGAUGAAUCCUCAUUUGAUAUACCCGAGAUUUUGAGUAGGACCCGUAAAUCGCCGGCUUCGUUGUCAAUUGCUGGAUCUCAUUUUUCGUUGGAAGAUUGUUCUAGGAGUAAGAAGAAGUAUAAGGAAGGAUUGGAGACGACAAGGGCGGAUGUCGGUGGGGAAGGUAAGAAGAGUAGAUUGCCUGGGGUGGCUACUGCACCUGCGAGUGGGAGUUCGAUUUCGGAUUCGCAUGGGAGGGGGCAUAAGAGGAAGAUUGGGUGUAUAGAGAGUGGGAUGAAGUUGAGGAGGAAGAAGAAGAUUGAGCAGGAGUAUGUAUUGGGGAAGGAGAUUGGGUUAGGUAAAUAUGGGUGUGUGAGAUUGUGUAAGAGCAAGAUUGACGGAGGGGAUUUUGCUUGUAAGACUUUGAAAAAAGGGGAGGAGACUGUACAUAGAGAGGUUGAGAUAAUGCAGCAUCUGUCAGGGCAUCCUGGUGUUGUGGCAUUGACAGCUGUGUACGAGGAUACCGAGUCGUUUCAUCUUUUGAUGGAAUUGUGUUCUGGUGGGAGGUUGCUCGAUCAGAUGGUCAGAGAAAGGCAGUAUUCGGAGCAGCGGGUUGCUAAUGUGCUGAAAGAGUUGAUGUUGGUGAUCAAGUAUUGUCAUGAAAUGGGUGUGGUUCAUCGAGAUAUAAAGCCUGAGAAUAUACUCCUCACGGCAGCAGGGAAGAUGAAGCUUGCGGAUUUUGGAUUAGCCAUGAGGGUUUCACAUGGCCAGACAUUGUCUGGUGUGGUAGGUAGUCCAGCCUAUGUUGCUCCUGAAGUUUUGGUUGGGAAUUAUUCUGAAAAGGUGGAUAUCUGGAGUGCUGGUGUACUUCUUCACGCCCUUUUGAUUGGCGUUCUUCCGUUCAAGGGUGAGUCACUGGAAAAAGUGUUUGAGGCAAUCAAGAAAGUGGAACUCGAUUUUGAAACCGGAGUAUGGGAGUCUAUAUCUCGACCAGCUCGCGAUUUAAUUGGACGAAUGCUCACAAGGGAUGUCGAAGCUAGGUUAACUGCAGACCAAGUUUUAAGACAUCCAUGGAUUCUAUUCUAUACAGAGCGGACUUUGAAGACACUAUCAAUCAAAUCAAAAUUGAGAGCUGGUAAACCCUCUAAUGGAGUCAUUGAACCACAAGAUUCAUUAGAGAGAGCUAGGCUUACAAUCAAUGCAGUGUGUCUCAACAGUGACUCAAAUACCCGUCAUCAUGUUUCAUCAGCAUCAGUAGAUAGUAGUUCAGACCAGAAGUCAGAAGAACAGGAUGAGUGUGGUUUGGUCGAUGCACUUGCAGUGGCAAUCUCACGUGUGAGUUUAUCUGAACCAAAACGAAGCAGACUCUGUGGACCUAAUCAUCCUAUAAUGAAGCAGGAGUGCUCUUCUAACAUGCAGUCUAACAAUCUCUGUAAAGCAUUCUGAUAUGUAGCAGCUGAUUUCUUCACCAACCAACUCCUGUUAAUAUUAUUCAUAACCUCUCAGACAGCCUUCAACAUAACACUGACAGCAAAAUGACUUGAAGAAAGUGGUUAGCUUGAUCAGGUUCUGUUUUUCUUAGGAACUCUUAGUUCUUCUUUACGCAGUGUUUUUGGUUUCAACCUAAGCUUAUUUUGAUAGAUGUACAUGUGUAAAUAGAACAGUUUAAUUAAAAAUAGAGAAUAAAGGAUACUGCUGAUUUUCUAGUCCUGUUUUUGUAAGUUGAUUUUAUUUUACCAAACUUAAAAACUGUAAAGCUCUUGAGCAGUGAUUCGUAUGGAGGGAAAAUUUGGUUGAGCCAA